AAAGAAGUGGACUUUGCUUUACAAGGCCUGGUGAGUGUGAGGGCGAGAGAGACAGGCGCCGCCGCCUUCUCGCCGACGCGUCGAUCGGACGCCGCCGCCGCCAUGCCAGCAACCACUGCUUGCAGGCAGCCUGUUCGACGGAAUGUCCGAACUAGCUUCGACCCCCUGCAGUUCCAAGAGCACACGACGCACCACCAAUGGUGUUGAUAGGGUCAGCAGCCUUCCCGACGAGCUGCUCCACCACAUGAUGUCCUUCCUGCCCAUGCCGGAGGUCGUGCGCACAAGUCUGCUCUCGACGAGGUGGCGCAAUCUCUGGGCCUCUACGCCAUACAUCCGCAUCAACCACCAUGACUUUAAGGAUUACGGCAAGCUGAAGAAGUUCGGGGACCACCUGCUACUCUUGCGGGACGGUGCUACUUCCUUGGAUGAAGCCCGGAUCCUUGCCAACAAUGUUGAUACUUUCACGUGUUGUGAGUGGGUUCGUCAUGCCAUCAUGCAAAAAGCUCGUCACCUUCAUGUUUCUGGAUAUGCCCUUUUGGAUAGCACAGCCAUGUUUCCUGCUCAGCACCUCAAAACAAUCAGGCUCCGAUCUCUCGUCUUGAGAGGGGGGUUCGUUAGGCUGCUGAACUGCGAGUGCCCAGUUCUUGAACAUUUAGAGAUAGAGCAGAGCGAUUUGUGGGACCUGAAGGAGAUCUCAUCGUGGUCACUCAAGGUUCUUCAUCUCAUUCGCUGCCUUAUCAUCAAGGGUCUCGUAAUUUGUGCUAGCAACCUUACUCAUCUCUCUAUCGAUGAACAAUCAUGUCAUUCGGGCGCUGUAGUAACUAGGGAUCUGUCUUCUCUAGUAACAGCUUCGAUUAGACUGAGGUAUGACUACUAUCAUACUUCAGGCGGCUCAAUACUGGAUUAUCGUCUACUUGAUGGACUCUCAAAUGCCACAACCUUGGAGUUGCAUGCGCCCUUACCUGAGCUCACAUUUGAGAGAGAUUUGCUGACAUGCCUGGUGUUUAGCAACCUGACAAGUCUGGUGCUGGGUGAUUGGUGCAUGGCUGCUGACUUGUACCCGCUGCGUCGCAUUCUACAUCGCUCCCCCAAGCUGAAGGAGCUAAGUAUAAAGCUUGAAAUGGAGGAAUGUAGGAGCUGUAAGAAAUCCGAAUCUGCUUUGCCGCUAGCAAGGGGAGCACUGCCGUCGGGCUCAGGAAGCAGCCACCCUUUCAUCGAGACGAUCAUUAUCCACUGCCAGAAGAAAGAUUCCAGGGGCGAUGCUUUGCUGCAGGCGUUGAAACUGAUUGCCGGCAAUGCGAAAAUCAGCAUCGAACGUCGCUGAUCUCUAUUAAUCAAGGCCUUGUUUUGUUUUGGGGACCUGCCAUCUUUGGUCCCUGCUAUGUUAAUGUGUUGAGACAAAGUAUUUUGGAGACACCGAUGUUAUCCGGAAAAGACCCGCACUCAUUGUCAGUAAGCAGUGGGCAAAUGAGUUCUGAGAUCAUGUUUUAGAUAGUGGGUGUGCACGCACAGGUCCGCUUUAUGUGUGUGAUGGUUGAUCUCAGCUAGUUUCUCAACUUAGGCUAGCUAAGAGUAGGGACAUGAUGAAUUAUGGUUGCUGGGUAUUCUAGGUCUUCCAACAUGUUAUAUACUCUCUCCGUUC